CUCGAGCAGAUCAUGUCAUGACGACUUCGCUGCUCCUGCAUCCACGCUGGCCGGAGAGCCUUAUGUACGUCUAUGAGGACAGCGCGGCGGAGAGCGGCAGCGGCGGCGGCGGCGGGGGAGGCGGUGGUGCGGGAGGAGCGGGGGGCGGCUGCAGCGGAGCGAGCCCCGGCAAAGCCCCAAGCAUGGACGGUCUGGGCAGCAGCUGCCCGGCCAGCCACUGCCGCGAUCUGCUCCCGCAUCCCGUGCUGGGCCGCCCGCCGGCUCCUCUGGGCGCCCCUCAGGGCGCCGUCUACACGGACAUCCCGGCCCCGGAGGCGGCGCGCCAGUGCGCCCCGCCGCCGGCGCCCCCCACUUCGUCCAGCGCCACCCUGGGCUACGGUUACCCAUUCGGGGGCAGCUAUUACGGCUGCCGCCUGUCGCACAACGUGAACCUGCAGCAGAAGCCUUGCGCCUACCACCCGGGCGAUAAGUACCCGGAGCCGUCGGGCUCCCUGCCUGGAGACGACCUGUCCUCCAGGGCCAAGGAGUUCGCCUUCUAUCCCAGUUUCGCCAGCUCCUACCAGGCGAUGCCCGGCUACCUGGACGUGUCGGUGGUGCCUGGGAUCAGCGGGCACCCGGAGCCCCGUCACGACGCGCUCAUCCCGGUCGAAGGCUACCAGCACUGGGCUCUCUCCAAUGGCUGGGACAGUCAGGUGUACUGCUCCAAGGAGCAGUCGCAGUCCGCCCACCUCUGGAAGUCUCCCUUCCCAGACGUGGUUCCCCUACAGCCCGAGGUGAGCAGCUACCGGCGCGGGCGCAAGAAACGUGUGCCCUAUACUAAGGUGCAGCUGAAGGAGCUAGAGAAGGAGUAUGCGGCUAGCAAGUUCAUCACCAAAGAGAAGCGCCGGCGCAUCUCUGCUACCACGAACCUCUCCGAGCGCCAGGUCACCAUCUGGUUCCAGAACCGGCGGGUGAAAGAGAAGAAGGUGGUCAGCAAAUCGAAAGCGCCUCAUCUCCACUCCACCUGACCGCUCGCCCAGCCGCCCGCCCCGUCUAUUUAUGUCGCCGCUUUGUACCAUAACCGAACCCUCCGAAGGACGCUGCGCCGGUGCAGAGUAUUUAAGGUUAACAAGAAGGAGGACCCGCGCUCUAGGAGGCCGAGAGUCUCCGAGGCUGCGCUCUGUCUUGCCCUGAAUCCCCAUCCCAUCCCGCCCCCUCUCCCAUCUAGCCGGUACUCACCGAGCUUCAGCUGUUUUGGAGCCGGCGAGUUGUGGGAGGAAGGCCGUGGGCCUCUACUUCUCUGACUGACGCCCCUCGCCUCACAAGAAAAAGAGGAAAGGCAACGGAGAGCCCAAUCAUUCCAACCAAAGCAGGAUUGGGGGAGUCCCAAAGGACCCUAUUCUUGCCUCAUCCUAUGCCCAGGAUGGUAGAAGACCCUCCGUAGGGGUGUGGCUUGGGUACAGGAUCUGGCAAGUUUGUGCUUUCCUUCCAGUUUCUCCUUUUCCCUGUCCCUCUUGCAUUCCAUACGCAAGAUUUUCCAGUUAUGAUUUUUGUGCAUAUUUUUAAAAUCGUGUUAAUAUUAAAUGAUAAUUAUUGGGGACUUGGCAGCUUGAUUGGAGUACAGAUCAUGCUUGGAACUUUUAGGUUUUCUUUCCUAUUUUAACAAACCUGGAGUUGGUGCAACCCUAAUCCCAUCCCAACCUGAAAACAAUUUCUCUCUGGAGCUGCCUUUGCCCUCACCACCUCCGUUCUCUGCUCUCUCACUCAUGUGGAAAUUCAAGGGGAACAAAACUCCAACUGCACUGCUAAAUGUGACUUAUCUUUCCUCUUUCUCUUUUCUGGUGAGGUUGGGAUUUAGGCCACACUCAGAAACAGAACAUUUUUUAAAAGGAUAAACUUCUCUUUGAAGGGGAUGGAGAGCUGGUGCCUCAGUAGAAUGUCUCUCUGGUCAGUUCUCCAUCAAAACAAUAGCUCAAGAGAGAGUAUUCACACUUACAUUUUUACUGAUUUUCCUAGGAAAGCUAGAGGAGCUACUCUAGGAGACUAAAAUAACUGGCCUCCAAUUAGCCAGCUAAGUGUAGAUGCUGCCUAAUCCCUCCUCAAAGACCAACUUGGUGCUGUGGGGGGGCCCCUCACCUCCUUCCUUCUUCGCACUGGCGCAUUACAAAACAGUGUUCUUUUAAAAUGUCCAUCAGAAAUAGGCUCUUUUUUAAUGUUGUGUAUCUGUAUAUAGUAUUGUGAUGUCUGAAUGACUAUGUACUGAAUGCAAAAAGAAAAAUUCCACAAACC